GGUGAAAGGGUGUGGUUCUCUAUGUCGCUGGUAUAAAAGUUGCACUAAUUCCCAAGAUCAAAUCAGAAUUAACUCAAAUCGUUCACUGAACAGUUCUUUCAAACUCCCCCAAAACAAAAAUAAUCAACAUGAAGUUCGCCAUUGCUGCCGUAGUCGUGUUGGCUCUUGCCAUGGGUGCCCAAUCUUCCAUCAUUGGAGGAAUUCCCGGAUUGGGUCUUGGUGUUCACGGUCUUGGUAUUCACGGUUUGGGACUUGGGCUUGGAGUUCCCGGACCCGUGUUGGCUCAAGGACCAGCUGUUUUGGGAUUGGGCGGUUUGGCUGGUCUCCCAGCUGCAGUUAACAUUGCUGGUGGUCCACUUCUAGCAGCUCAUGGUAUUCCAGCUGCUGUUGCUGUUGCCCCACAUGCUGCCGUUGCUGCUGCCGUUCCAGUGCAUGGUGCCUCAUAUGUUGCCCAGACCCGUGGUGCUGUGCAUACAGCUCCAUUGCCAGGACACAUCCAAUCUGCUGCUUCAGUGAAUGUUGCCCCAGCUCCAGGAACCUUGUAAAUUUAAUUGACAAAGGAUAUUAAAACGCCACUCUGUACGACAAAGAAAAAAAAACACUCAAAGACGCUGCCAUAAUAAUAAACGAUGUCAUGUAAUUUAUUCAAAAUUUCAUUCAGGAAUAGUAAAUAAUAUAGAACUUUUACUAAAAAUUUA